UGUUCAUAAAUUUGACUUUUGCAUAUCUAAAAAAAAACAACAAUUUGGUCUUUGGUUAUCCUUCCACUUCCAAGUCCAAUAUAAAUUUAAUUUAAUUUGCAAAACCCUUUUUCAAGGUUAACACACUCUCCCCCUCAAAAAAGUAAUGAAUAUUUACCAGAAAAUAAUAAGACGUUUUCCCCGCGGGAUAGUUUACAGCUUCGCCUAUGGCUCUGGAGUCAAACAACAAGUUGGCUACGAACGCAUAUCCAAACAAAAAUCCAAUGUCAUAGAUCUAGCAUUUUGCGUGGACAAUCCAGAUAAAUGGCAUGCAGAAAACUUAGAAAAACAUUCCAGUCAUUAUUCAGGCUUCCGAAUACUUGGUAGUCAAUUUAUUGCAUCCUAUCAAGACAAAUUGGCAGCCAAAGUGUACUUUAACACUUUGGUUCCAUUGACAGACAUUGGAGUAACCAUAAAAUAUGGAAUUAUCUCCAAAGAACAUCUUUUAAAUGACCUAAAUGACUGGACUCAUUUAUACUUUGCGGGGCGACUUCAUAAGCCUGUCAAUCAGGUGGUUGCUCCAGAUGAUAGUCUACAAAAAGCCUUGCAACAGAAUCUUCAAUCAGCAUUUUUAGUUGCUUUGCUAAUGUUGCCCGAAAACUUCACAGAUUUUGAAUUAUUUCAUACAAUCUCGAAUAUAAGUUACAGUGGAGACUUUCGAAUGAUUUUUGGAGAGAACAAGAAUAAAGUUCAAAAUAUUGUCCGCCCUCAAUUGGAAGAAUUCUUUGAGUUGUAUCAACCUGUAUUGCGAAGUCUCUCUCCCUACGUUGCUGUAGGCAAAGAGAAGACUAAAAACGAGAUAUUUUUCGAACAAGACAAAUCCGUUAAAGCCACUCAGCAUCAUCUUAAAUUACUGCCAAGCCAUAUGCAAGAAAGAAUUCGUAGGAAUUCGGUGGUUAAAGGAAGUUAUAUGGAAGUGGUACAAUCGAUUUCCACUAGUGGCAAUACACAUGAUGUUAUAUCAAUGUCUCUGACCGACAUAGUCUGGAGGAGUAGCUUAAAACAGUCAAUUAAGAAUAUACCAUCGGCUGGUAUAUCGAAAUCCCUUACAAUGAGCGAUUCAGAUUCAAGCAAUAAACGACGUUCUGAAAAGAAGCACAAGAAAAAAGAAAAGAAACACAAAAAGGACAAAAAACACAAACAUAAAAAGAGAUCUCACAAGAUCUCUGAUUCUGAGGCAUCUAUUCAGGAUGACUAUCCUCUCAAGAAAAAAAUACCUGAAGAUGUAACAAUACCAAGGUUCUUAACUAAUGAGAAUCCAGAAGUUACCGAUGAAGCAUUUGGACCGGCAUUGCCUCCACACUUAUUGGCUGGAAAGACUCCUGAGAAUACUAAGGAGGAACCUGCAGUUAUAGGACCAUCUCUGCCUGCUGGAAUAGUCCUUCAAACAGAUCAUGAAUCCGAUCAGAAAAGCGAAGAUGAAGAAGAUGCAGAGGAGUUAUUCGGUCCCCUGCCAACAGAUUGCAAGUCGUUUGCAAAAAUGACAACGGCUCAAAUUAAACUCGAAGAACGUGCCCUAGAGAUGAGACUGGCUAUGCUUGAUCCGGAUGCCAAUAAAGAAGAUAUAAAUAAGCGUGAAGAAUGGAUGUUAGAGUUACCCGAUGUGGGAUUGAAAACUGGAUUGGCCAGUUUGAAAAGGACUUUUCAUACAAAAGAACGACCUGAUUUUAGUGAUAGAUCUUCUUGGACAAAAACUCCCAAUUCAAGUGAUGCCCCAACAACAUCUAAAGUCACUGAAACAACUAAAUCAAAAGCUGAGAAGAAAUAUCAGGAACAACGUGAUGCUGAACAAGAGAAAAUUGCAAAAAAAUUAAAAAAGAAACACAAACGAGAUGAGUCUUUGUAUGAGAUUCAUCAAAAGAAACUGAAAAAAGACAAGAAGGAAAAAGAAGUUAAUGGAAAGUCAGAACGUCGUCCAUUUAGUCGAGAUGUUGAUUUACAACUCAACAAAAUCGACAAGAAUCAAACCAAGAAAAUCGUCGAUAAAGCUAAAUUCUUGGAUAGUCGCUUUUCUAGUGGAAAUGCUAAGUACCUGUAGAUAAUGAUGAAUAGAUUUCUUGUUUCUUA